AUGACAGAGGCCAUGUUUGGGACAGGGAAUGAUCAGUGGGUCUGUCCCAAUGACCGGCAGCUGGCCCUUCGAGCCAAGCUGCAGACUGGCUGGUCGGUGCACACCUUCCGUACAGACCGACAGAGGAAGAGCCAGAUGCUGGAGCAGCAGGAGGUGGAGAUCAUCCUUAGUGUCAUCCGCAGGGCUGAGCAACUUGAGCAGAUUGAACAGCUCCGCAUCGGGAGGCUGGUGGAGCGUCUGGACAACAUGAAGAAGAGUGCGCUGGGGAACGGCCUGUCCCAGUGCCUGCUGUGUGGGGAGGUCCUGGGCCUCCUGGGAAAUCCCUCCAUCUUCUGUCAGGACUGCUGCAAGAAAGCAUGCACCAAAUGUGGCAUUGAGACCCAGUGCAGUCAGAAGACAACCCAGUGGCUGUGCAAGAUCUGCAGUGAACACAGAGAGGUGUGGAAGCGCUCUGGAGCCUGGUUCUACAAGGCCCUGCCCAAUUACGUGCGCCCAGGGAAGGAGGGGCAGAGUGGGGCUGCUCUCGGACUGCAAGGGGCCCAGAGAGGAGGGCAGAAGAUGGCCAAGAGUUCCACAGUCAGUCAGACCUACACAUGGGCAUACAGCAAAGUGGUGUCUAGUGGCAGCGAGUCGGACCACAGUGAGGGCAGCGUGGAGAGCAAGGUGUCCAACCACAUUCUGCAUGAGGGCAAGCAGCGCACCGACUCAGUGUUCAAUGGGGGGCCGAUCGGGACCCGCACAGGGCUGGGAUGGUGCCCACAUGGCAGCCUGCUGUCAGAGAGCCGCUCCAGCCUAGCCAGCGAGCCUCCCCACAGCACCGCCCCCCUAGCAGCCCCCCCUGAGGACUACAACACAGACCACAGCCAGCCCUCCCCUAUGGGUGCGGUGAAGUGCCACUAUGGGGUGCCCAUGUUUCCUCUGUGCCCCAACUGCUACCCCUGCCCUCCAGAGGCAGAACGCUCGCUGGCACAACUCGAGCCCAAUUAG